AUGAACUUCGAAAUAAUUUUGGAGGAUGCUUUCGUCAGCAAUAAUGUUGGAGCCAUCACAGCAGCACUUCUGAGGGAGAAAGCCUCCAAGUCGUUGGUUAACAGAUUGAACAAAGUCGCUAACAAGGAACUUGACAGAACUGUGUUCAAAAGUGUCACUUUGCUUUUGAGAGCAAUUGAAGAUGUAUGCCAGUGUGAUGAAGACUGCUUUAACUGCCUGGCCAGGCAAGGUCUCGUUUACAAGAAUUUCCACAUGUUGACGUGGUUUGAAAGAGCUGCAGACUUUCUGAAAAUGGAAGAAUACAAAGGCGUGAAGGACCUGCCCAGCCUUAUUGAGACCUUUUUUGAUUUUUUCCUGGCUAUAAGGACGAUUAACUCGAUCCUCGACAAUACCACAAAAGAAGAGAGGAGGAAACUGAGCAUGUCCAAAGACCAUUGUCUACUCCUUGAACAAUUUGCAAAAGUAAUUCUCAAUGUGGGCGACUAUGAGAUGCAGGUGGCCCUAUCAGAAGCACUCUGUCGAAUGACCAUAAAGAGGUCGAGGAAAGAGCUGACCAACAAGUGGUUUGCCAACCCAGUUUUUGCAGAGGGCUUCAACGCAAUAAACGAUACAGAAUUUGAGAUAGACUGCAGAACUUUUCUCAAUGACUUGAACAGCUAUUUUGGAGAUGAAAGUAGGGUGUUCACGUUCCCCUGCAUCUGUGUGUUUCUUGACACCACUGAGCUGUUCAUGCCAGAGGAUGAGAAACUGGAACAUUUCUGGGUGGACUUCAACCUAGGAACGUCCUGUAUCAGCCUCUUUGUCAACAACCCCGAGGGUUCACUGUGGGAAUCAAUCCAUUUGCUAAGAGCAGACGUCUUUAGGUUCAGUGUGUGUGACUGUGAUAAUCAGACCAUUCUGACUGUUCACCUGUCCAACCCCCUCACCUAUCGCAUGACCAAGGGAAAGAUGGUCCAGAUCAUCUUCGAUUCCAAGCAUGACAUCCUGGACGCUGCCAAGAGGGUCUUUGAAAGCAAACGACUACUGUCUAAAUCAAAAGGCUCUCCUCCUCCCCCUGCUGAGGCUGGCAGCAGUGUGAUCCUGUCCCAGCGGACCAAACACGACUACACCAGGAAGAAGCCCAAAACCAAGAGCAAACUGAAGAUUCUCCCACUGUCCUCUCCCAGCAGUGCAGACGAGGCCUCCCCUGUCAAGGUGUGGACUGGAGCUGACCAUGGUCAAUGGCCAUAUUACUCAGCAGAGCGUGCUGACUCGGGAGGUGCAGCGGAGAAGAAGAGUGUGCCGCUAGAAAGUGAUCCAAGGCAAAGACCCAGGGCCUUCUUUCCCUCAGAACCUCUUGAGGAGGCUGCUGAAUCAAUGAGCAGAGUGCUGAAUGAGGAGGUGGAGUCUGAGAUGGAGAUGGGCUCUGGAGUCAUCGCUGCUUUCCAGACCUUCAAGAGCCAGCUGAGAGCACACUUCUCGUCCAGAUACAAGAAGAUUGAAGCCCGCUCCCUGCAGUCUCUGAUGGACUGUCAGAAAAACGUCACCUCUCUCCUGGGUGCUGUCCACGACAGCAGGCUGGUCCACCUGGAGCGCUUCCAGGCCACCGUAGUCCAGGAGCUGGGCCGCCUGGAGAAUGACUGCAUCUCGCUCAAAGAGAUCGAGGGGGAAACUGUGAACUUUUGGCAGAGCGAGUCUCAGUCCGUGCGGUCGUUCUGUGACCGACAGCAGCAGAGGUUAGAGUCACUAGGAGAGCCCAGAGAUGGCUGGAGCAGCAUGUCACAGAGGGAGGAGGCUGCAGCACCACCGGAACCUCCAAAGUAGAACGCUGGUGACAAAGGAAAUAGAAGCUAAGACUCUCCAGUUCCUGAUGAAACUAACACCACUUUGGACCUUUAUACUGACAUUGAACCAUGAGUGACGUCGUACAGACGCCUAAUGGCUGAUAGACCGUGACCAAAGUUCUCACACAGGCAAUGACCUACCUUGCUCAUUUAUUUUUUUCUGCCAUUGUUCAAAAUACACUCAAUUAGAGCUAAUGCAUGAAUAGAUGAAGGAUAAUAAUAGGCUGAUGAAUUUCAGGGACUUGGUUAGACAUCAGAGAGCAAGGCAGACCAUGCGUGUUUAUUUUUUUUAUUAACUUUUGUCAUGUUUGUCGAUAGCCACUCAAAGACAUUCAGUGAUUGAUUGAGAAAUGCAAUGUAUGAAGUCUACAAAAGUUAUCAGGAAAGCCUGUAAAAUAUAGUUUUUCUAAAGAACCAGUCAAAUGUUUACUAUGUUUUGCACCCAUAAACUUGCAUUCAAAUACAGUGGGAUAUAUCAGGUAGGUUUAGCAGUGUUUCUAAGGCAUCUUUAGUUUAACAAUGAUUUGAGUGAAUGCUCUGGAGGGAUAUUUUUGGUGAGUACAUACCGGAGGCUAUAUGCAAUAAAGGCAUAGUUG